AUGACAGUGUCCUUGAUCAAGCUGCUGGCGAAGAUGUCCGAACAUGCCUUGUGCCCUAUGAGAGGCUUUCAGGCCGAGCUGGCAAAAGCAGCAGCCCAAUUGAGGGCUCAGCUCAGCAGCUUGGAGGCUUUGGAUGACAAGGAUGCGAAAGGACGGGUGCAAAAGGAUGCCGGCCUGCAGUGUUUGAAAGCUGUGGGAGCCGCGCGGGAGGCUUAUGUGUCGAAGAAGGCUGACCUCAUCAACUACAUAGCGACAACGGGCCAGGACAUUCCGCCACGUGAGGGAGUGCCAGAAAGCACAUGGUCCUCCUUCGAUGGUUUCAGAGAUUCCGAAGUCUUCAUGGAGUGCAUGGCCUUCUUGCUCGCCAACCAGUCGCUCGUCUUGAUCGAGAUGACAAAGAAGUUGCUCGAGAAAGAGUGCCCCUUUGGCGUGCCAGACUCCAGUUGGAAGAAGGACUUCGCGGAUGACAUCUCCUUGGAUGCCAUCCUUACGGCAGGCGAUGCGGAUCUCAGAAACAUCCUUGCGCAGCACGAGAAGGCAGCCAUCAGGGAGCUUCAGCAGUUCGAGGACUUCCGAAAGUUUCUGCGGUCCUUGCAGCCCAUCAACCUGGACUUUGAUGCCUUUGAGAACAGCUUCAUGAACAAUCGCUCGGUGUUUCGCCGCAUGAAAACCUUUCUCUCUGAGGUCAUGAUCUUGCAGGGGAUCAAGACGCUGUCGGGUCGUGCGGGCAAAGGCAGUGAUGAGGACGAGAAGCUGAAGAGGACCUCAAGCGUGCUACAGGCCCUUCACUCAGAGCUCAUCGCGGACAAAGACAGGCGUGCCGGCAUUCACCCCAAGCUUUUCGAGCGGCUCGAAGAGCUCUUGAAGUAA